AUGGGUCUCAUCUGGCUGAGGCAUCCUGUCCUCUGGCACUCGUCCCGUGUCGCUGGUGGGUACAACUAUAAUGCCAUGACCGCUGAGGAGAGGAAGCUCCUCGUCGCCAGAUGGCACAACUGGUAUACAGCGGACUGGGACUACGCACAAACGACCGUCAUCUUUUUCUGUACUGCAAUUUUUGUGGCUGCGGUCUUGAACAAGCUUGCGUGGCUCCAUGGAAGAAACUUGAUGCACGUCGCUCGGAAUCGUCCGGGUUUUGGCGACAAACUCACGGCAGCAAUGCGAUAUGCUACAGCCCGCCAGUUUUAUCUCGGCCUCACUCGCUGGUACACACCGCCGCUUGCUGCUGUCGUUGGAGUGUGUGGCAUGUCAAUCUUCAUUCUCGCACUUAUGUUCUCUGCCCGACCAUUCUACUGGCCUAACGAACAAAUGGGACAUAGUCCACCACUCGCCACCCGUUCUGGCUGGAUCGCCAUCGCGAUCAUGCCGUUUAUGAUCGCCUUUGCAACCAAAAUAAACUUCAUCGGCUUGGUCACGGAGACGUCCCACGAAAAACUGCAAGUUUUCCAUCGAUGGUCGGCACUCUUCAUGUAUAUUGCCUCUUUGGUCCACACGUUCCCGUUCAUCAUCAACAAUGUCGCUUUGGGCAUCAUGGAAUCGCAGUAUGCCAAGUCUCCGUGGUACUGGAGUGGCAUUGCUGCAUUAAUACCCCAGACGUACCUUAUUUUAAUGUCGUGGGGCAUUUUCCGCAACCAAUACUAUGAGACCUUCAAGAAACUUCAUUUCAUAGCUUCUGGUAUCUUUAUGGCCGCCCUCUUUAUCCAUGUCAAUUUCCGUCUGACCUCUUGGGACUACUUCUGGGCAACGCUGGCAUUGUAUGGUCUUGCUUGGUUGACCCGCGUCGUUCGUACUCUUUACACCACCGGCUUCGGACUGCCGUCGACCAUCGAGUCCGUUGGGCCCAACCUCGUCAAAAUCAGCAUCCCGAUACAAGGUCGCUUCAGUUGGGCGGCCGGCCAACACGUUUUCAUUCGUGUUCUCGGUCUCGGUGUCCAUGCGUUGACGUCUCACCCGUUCACAAUCAGUUCGAUCGCAGAAAAGGAUAAAGUAGUUGAGUUGGUUCUGCGCGCUCGGGGCGGACUUACCCAGGCACUCCAACAACGCGUUGCUGGGAAGGCCAGCUGGUCCAGUAGAAUUGUUUUGGAUGGACCGUAUGGCGGGCUGCAUGCGCCACUUCCUUUGGAGCGCUAUGAGCGUGUCGUGUUUCUCAGUGGGGGAACAGGCACGACUUUCACACUCCCUAUCUUCAGGGACCUGCUUCCCAAGCUAACAGAAGAAUCGGUGCUGAAGCGCAUCAGUUUUGUUGUCGCCGUCCCAGAUGCAGACAACUAUGCUUGGAUGGGACCUCACCUCGCUGCUGCUACUGCAAGUCACGGAGACACCGUGGACAUUCGAGUUCACUUUACUCGGUCUGGCGAUGCCGACAUUCCCAGCAAAGACGAUGAGUCGGAUAUUCACAACGCGAACCCAGAGGGCGUGGCUUACGGCCGUCCUAUUCUUGGCGACAUUAUUCGUGAGGCCCACGCCAGUGCGAGUCGUGUUGCCAUCGUUGCAUGCGGCCCGGAUGGCUUCCUUUAUGACGUCCGCAAUAGCGUUGCUGGCUGCGAGCUUGAUAUCGCUGAUGGAUUUGGAGUCUGCAGGGACCUUUUCUUGCACACCGAAACGUAUAGUUGGUAA